AUGGUUGGAGAUUCACUCAGUGCUGACGGAGGAGAUCUUACCUCUUUUUCCUGUGUCCACCAGUAUGACACUGUUCCAAUUCAGUCCAGCGUGGUGUUAUGUGCUUGCCCAUCCCCAUCAAUGGUGAGGACCCAGACUGAGUCCGGCAUAGCCCCUGGCAUUCCCAGCGGUGGUAGCAGACAGGGCCCCACCAUGGACAGCACCGCGGCUGAGGCCCGGCCGAGCACCAACUCACUGCAGCACACCACACAGCCGCCACCACAGCCUCGGAAGAAACGGCCUGAAGACUUCAAGUUUGGGAAAAUUCUUGGUGAAGGCUCUUUUUCCACAGUUGUCCUGGCCCGAGAACUGGCAACCUCAAGGGAAUAUGCUAUUAAAAUUCUAGAGAAACGUCACAUUAUCAAAGAGAACAAGGUCCCGUAUGUAACCAGAGAGAGAGACGUGAUGUCACGCCUGGAUCACCCGUUCUUUGUUAAACUUUACUUCACAUUUCAGGAUGAUGAAAAGCUGUACUUUGGUCUUAGUUAUGCCAAAAAUGGAGAACUCCUUAAAUACAUUCGCAAAAUUGGCUCAUUCGAUGAGACGUGCACCCGGUUUUACACGGCCGAGAUGGUGUCAGCUCUGGAGUACUUGCAUGGCAAGGGCAUCAUUCACAGGGACCUGAAACCAGAAAACAUUUUGUUAAAUGAAGACAUGCACAUCCAGAUCACAGAUUUCGGAACAGCAAAAGUACUAUCCCCGGAGAGUAAACAAGCCAGGGCCAACUCGUUUGUAGGAACAGCCCAGUAUGUGUCUCCAGAGCUGCUCACAGAGAAGUCGGCCUGUAAAAGUUCAGACCUUUGGGCUCUCGGAUGUAUAAUAUACCAGCUUGUGGCAGGACUGCCGCCUUUUCGAGCGGGAAAUGAAUAUCUUAUAUUUCAGAAGAUCAUUAAGUUGGAAUAUGACUUUCCUGAAAAAUUCUUCCCUAAGGCAAGAGACCUUGUGGAAAAACUUUUGGUUUUAGAUGCCACAAAGCGAUUAGGCUGUGAGGAAAUGGGAGGGUACGGCCCCCUGCGAGCUCAUCCGUUCUUUGAGUCCAUCACGUGGGAGAACUUGCAGCAUCAGACGCCUCCGAAGCUCACCGCCUACCUGCCAGCCAUGUCGGAGGAUGACGAGGACUGCUACGGAAACUACGACAACCUCCUGAGCCAGUUCGGCUGCAUGCAGGUGUCCUCGUCCUCCUCCUCCCACUCCCUGUCCGCCUCGGAUGCAGGCCUGCCGCAGAUGGCGGGCAGCAACAUCGAGCAGUAUAUCCAUGACCUGGACACUAAUUCUUUUGAACUGGACUUAGAGUUCUCUGAAGAUGAGAAGAGGUUGUUACUGGAGAAGCAGUCCAGUGGAAACCCUUGGCACCAGUUUGUAGAAAAUAACUUAAUACUAAAGAUGGGUCCCGUAGAUAAGCGAAAGGGCUUGUUUGCACGACGACGACAGUUACUGCUCACAGAAGGGCCACACUUGUAUUAUGUGGAUCCUGUCAACAAAGUCCUCAAAGGCGAAAUUCCAUGGUCGCAAGAACUCCGACCAGAGGCCAAGAACUUUAAAACCUUCUUUGUGCACACGCCGAACAGGACGUAUUACCUGAUGGACCCAAGUGGGAACGCUCACAAAUGGUGCAAAAAGAUCCAGGAAGUGUGGAGACACAGAUACCAGAGCCACCCGGAUGCCGCCGUGCAGUGACAGGUCUGCGGCUGCCACAGUCGCUGCCAGGACACUUGCCCCAGCGCGGCUCACCGCCCUCCGGGACGCUUCCAGACCACCUGCCAGCCAUCUCAAGGGGGACGCAGACGGCAGAACCUUGCAGCUUUUUUAUUUAAAAGAAAAGAAGAAAAAAAUACCCAACCACACAAAGAACAAAACCAAUAACGAAAAGGAAUUCAGGGUCGCUUUGCUUGCUCUCUGUGCUCUGUGGAGGCUCCCCAAGCUCUCCUUGUCUUGGGGACCCAGCGCCGUGCACGUCCACCUGAUUCCCGCCCGGGCGAGUGGAACAGACUCGAGUCACCAGCUCUGCACCACACGCCCUGGUCAUGCACCGGCCGGUCCUCCUGUGGCCGAGGGGAUGGGGUGUGUGUCUGGGCUCUUCCUGCCCCUAGGUUAUCACAGAACCCGUCGGCAGGGAGCCAUGCACGCCUCUGCCAGGGUGGCUUCGAUCUCUGGCGGGUGGGAGGGUUCUUGGCUUUGGUCUGUGUACUUCUUUUCUUGUGUCCCUUACUUGAUGCCCCUUUGCCCUGCCAGGGCCCCUGCUUGCCUUCUUGCAUCGCUCUGGCUGUGAGCACUCCAUGGCUUGUGUUCGUUGGGCAGGCUCCAGGUGCGGAGAUGUGGAGCGGGCUGUCGGGGUGUGCUAUGGAGCCGCUGCUGAGGUUGGAGGGUGCCAGCAGGCCGUUCGCAUUGAACGUCCCUCUGAGCGGGGUUGGCCCUGUGGAGCUCGAAAGAAGCACAGGUCUGAAAAGAGCACUGUCAGAGGUGGGCACCCAGUUGCGCCAGGAGACAGGGAAGGCUGUGCCCUGCUCUGGGCACGAGGCCAGGGCAGCAGGGCAGACUGGGCCUGGCGUCCCCCAUGUGGGGGAGUGCUGCCUGAUGAGCACCUCCUGAGAGUUUGGUCCGAGGGUGGAACAUGCAAGCCCCCCAGCGCAGUUUGCUAGGGCUGAGGGUCUCUGGGUACCAGCGGUCUCCCAGCUGUGACACGCACCCCUUUGUGGUGAGGGAAUGUUCUUGUAGCCUGACUUCCAGCACGUUCACAUCUCCACAGUGAAAGUCUGAAAGCCUUCUCAUGCUGCCAGGUCAUUUAUCCCCAUCAAGAUGUGGACCUUGCCAGGAAGAAAAUGUUGCUCACCUUGCAUGAGGGGUAGGAACACCACACUGGAGUCUGAGCGCCCAGCCUGCUCGCCCCCUGUGCUUUCAGCCUGCCUGCCUUUCUCUUUUCAGAGGCAGCACAGUGCUGCAUACCUACCGCAGGGGGUCCACGAUUUACUGGUCCUUUGAUUUCUUUGCUGCUGCUCCCUGGACAGAGAAAGCCUGUGGGCCUGGUGGGGCUCGGAGCUCCUCUCCCUGCCCGUGUCCCAUGAGGGCAGUCCGCAGCCCCAGGUGGGCGGGGUAGAGGCACCGCUGCCUGCAGGCUGCUCACAGACUCAUAUCUGUCCCCAGGGGAUGAACAACUUUGCCAUUUCCUGGAGACUUUCACGAAGGCACCAGUAGAAGGCUCACACAGGAGAGGUCCCCCCUGACCACUCUGCCCCCAUCUCCUGUCUUGAACAAAGCAUCCGUCACCCCGUGUUGACGAGUGGUCCAAAUCGGAGAAAAGAUGUCUUUCUCAAAUGGGUUUAGUGAUAUGAGUGGCCCUUGUGUCAGCCCGGUGAGGGGAGUGUGGCUGUGGAGCUGCCCCUGCUGGGCCGUGCAGGGGGCCGGACAGGAGCGGAGGUGGGGCGGGGAGUGCCGGCGGCUUCCUUUUGGGUCUUGUGCACUGCUCUAUGAGAGCUGCGCGUGCAUGAGUGAGCGAGGGUGCGUGUGCGCGCGUGCCCAUGCCGGGGCGGGUGCCAAGCUGUGGGGGGCGUGCCUGCCCUUGGGGCACCCAGGGGAGUGGGAUGCUGCCGGGGCCAGGGUCAUAGGUCACGCUUCCCUCUUCCUUCUCCUCGCUUUUGAAGAGGCUUGCCUGUGUUCACCUGCUUUUCAAAAAUUAAGUCUCUCUGGGCCUUCAGGAAUGUCAUUUCCAGCUUACUCCCCAUGUUGAUCAUUUAACCUUUCUUAGAACACCCGCGUCUGUGGGCGUGCUGUUUGGAGAGUUGGGGGCUGCUCUUGCACAGUGUUCUUCCUUGGGUCCGGUUAUGGGGAAACAAGCAGGGCUGGCGUUUGGCUCUCACAAGAGCGCUCGGCUGGGCUGCUCCGGGAGAGACGCAGCGUCUGCUGCAUUCCUCUCUGGACAGCGCCACUACCUCCUGGGCUUCACCCGCCAGCUCCAUCGUAACCUCCGGAACCAGAGAAUGAGGGGUUCAGGGUUCAGCUCGCAGCUGACAGAGUUGAAGUGACUGCCCUUGCCUGAGCCAGUGACAGCUGAGCCCUUCUCCCUUUGCCACCUUUCUCCUCUCAGAGCCUUCUUCCCCCCUUCUCUUUUUUUUUAAGGCACAUACAUGUUCUUUUCCUACCCUGUGCUUGUCCAUGUCGGCUUUCGUUGUAUGCAGCUUGUCCUUAGAGUGCCUGUCCCCAGUGCAGGUGCCUUGCCUUCUAAGAUGUGGGCAUGGCUGUCAAUCGAGUAUGUACCAGACAUACAUGGAAGUACAGGUGAUUUAUCCACACUGAGAAAGAAAGUGCUCUGUUGACUAGAUUCAGGAGCCAUGUGUCUUAGUGAGGGCCAGGAGAAGGUUCAGUGCCAACCACAUAGCCGGCACGCAGAGCUGGUCCCAUACCAUGUGGCCUCGCCGGGCAUGGAGGGGAGGGGGUGGGGCUGUGGCCUCCACAGGCUCAGGUGGCCCACUGCGCCUUGCCCCUCUCUGGGAACUCCAGGAAGCCAGGCUUGGGUGGGACUGUUCCUUCCCUCUUUCUGUGGACCUGACCAGGACAGUGGGCGAUGGGUCGUGUAGCAGGUGGCCCCGUGGGGUGCAAAAGGCACCUGCUGUUCUGAACCUUGGCUCUCAGGAGUGUGUUACAGACCUGCUUUGCGGGAGAUGCCUCUCGCGGCUGUGCCGGAGCUGGUGGGCCCCGCACGUUCUCCAGGCCCCUACUGCCGCCCUGUGGUAUUUGUGGCCGAGGCCUGUAGGCAUUGCAGGAGUCGCCCCGUGGCACAAACUCACCCAGGGCCAGGUGCCAGCCCAGGGGCUCCAGGUGGUUCUGUACUUUCUUAAAACAUUUGCUUUCUGAGAACAUCAGCUGUAGGCUUACCACCCAGAAGAGACCACUGUGAACAUUUUGGUGUAUAACCCCCCCACCCCCCAUGCACAUAUUUGUUUGCUUUUUAAACUAAAGUGGGAACAUGAAACACACACUGUUCUGCAUCUAGCUUGUUUCACUUGAUAAUUUAUCUUAGGCAUUUUUCCACAUCAUGAACAAUGAUUAAAAACAUUGUUUUUAGUGAUUGUAGAGCUUAAUAUGGUUAUCAGUUUUAUCGUAACUUAUCUGACCAUUUUCCUGUUAUAAAACAUUUAGAUGGUUUCUGGUUUUUCACUAUUUAAAUAAUGCUGUGAUGAAUACCCUCGUAAAUCUUUGAUUUUGACUCUGAUCGCCCCCCACCCUUGGUUCCUAGAAGUAGUGUUUUGGGGUCACAAAAAGUUUGUUUUAAAGGUGGUAUUAGUCUCUCUUCCUGUCUUCAUCUGAGGCUUAGAUGCUCAGAGUUUCAGCACACAACCUCCUCAGUUGUCCUACAGAUUCUGGACAAAUCAGUUUCUGCUAAGGUGUGUGUUCCAAAGAAUGUUUUAAUAAGACUGCUCUUUUUUUCCCCCCACAAUGCUAAAAUAUCAUUUAUUGCAGUCCGUUUGUGACAGAUUUUUCCAAAAAUGCAUUUCCUUAUUUUCAUUGACAGAAUCUGGUUAUGCUUGCAUGUUAGUUACCUUCCCAUCCCUGCUGCUGUGGCUUUCACAUGCUUGGUGAUAUUUUCAGAAGCUUGUACUUUGUGUCCACAAUGGUACUGAAUUUGCAUCUGCACAGGCAGCAGAGAUAAAAAGUGUUGAACUGACCUUGCCACAUGCAUAGUGGAUGAUUUGUAAUUAAGUGUGUGUAGACUCCGAAAAUACAUUGGGCCAUUUGGAAUCAGUAAAAGAGCAAAAUCUCUACUUGAGAAAGAGACCAUGUAGGCAGUUGGGUUUAACAUAAGGUUAUUUGCCCCUAUGCUCUUCAAAUGGUGGCACUCAGUAGGAAGGUCUUAGCAGUUAGUAGAGUGCAGUGGCCAGGCCUUUUCACUGUAGAGGGUGAUUGUCCUGGCCCACGUGGCUUUCGGGACUCCUCCCCUGUCCUCCCUCACAGUGUUGCAGGUUGUCUGGCUGUCUUCAAACCCAGAACACCCAAUUUGGUUUCAUUCCUAAUUUCUCCACUUUAGUUUGGGGUCCAUUGAUUCUGAGAGGAGAGGUGCGUGAGAGAUUUUUUAGGUGCUGUGCUCAGUGUCACUUGAGUCUGCCAGAGAUUUUUGGCUGGAUUGUGGAGAAUUGGACUUCCUGCCCUCCUCUGACACCCCAGGUCCCCUGUCCCCUGUCCGGUCCACAGACAGGGUGCUCACUCCCCAGACCGCAGAGGCUGCAGCCGCUUGCCAGAAUAUGAUGCAGGUACUAUUCUUAGAGAUGUCGCCAUGUGCAUUUUUCCACAUUGUUUCUUUUCAUCCAAAGCUCACAUGAGCUGACAGUGAAUCAGGUGGGUGUGGCCCUUCCCACUUAGGCAGCCUAUAUGGCAAGUGCCCUAAAUCAGGGCAGGAGUCACUUCCAGAGCUUCUGAGGGGGGCAGGCUGCUGGCCCAAGGUUGCGGAGUUGCAAAUCAGGCUGCCUGUGGAGAACUGGUUUGGGGAAGGAGCUGUUCCAGCCAAGAGCAGUUUUAUCUGUAGCUCGGACAGCUGUGAUGGGCAACUGAACUAGCCUACAUGUAUACCUGAAUUUUCCCCAGAACCCACUUCUUCAGUGUGAAGAGACACCAAACUUCGCGAACAGAGAACUUUUUACAAUAGGCAGACCUUUUUUUAGUGUGUGAUCCACCCUAGUCCCAACCAAUCUGGCAGAAUGAUUUUUGAAUAGGGGUCGUUUUGCUGGUGAAAAGCCUCUCUAUCCUUAUCAGAAGUUUGAUUGGACAUUGACAAAAAUAAAUUUUUGCAUUAUUUAGAACUGCUGUAGCUGUUCCUUAACACAAAAUCGGAUGAAUCAAUAGUAUGUUAGCUGUCUUUCAGGUUGGUGGCAGUCAGUUAGAACAUGUGUAAAAUUCUCUACCUGGUCUGUAGCUGUAACUGUGAUGUACAGGCAAAGCAAAGAUUUAAAACUUAUGAAAACAAAUAAUGCAAUGAUAUUAGGAUAUACACUUUUGUAUUUUUAUUCUUAUAUAAGGUUAUUUGCUGGCUAUUGUUGGCCUCUAGUUCAGUCUGUGUUAUUUAAAAUCUAAUAUAUGAAUUAUUUGGAUUGAAUUCAUGUUCGGGGCCACGUUGUUGUAUGUAUUGAUGUACAGCCUUGAAUGUGAAUAAUUAUUGUAAACUAUAUUUUACAACUUUUUUUCUGGCUUUAUUAUAUAAAUUUUCUAUUUGGUCAAUGAUUUAAUCAUAUAAUUUAAUGAAUCUGUUUCUUCUCUUUUUUUCAAAUAUUUGUGCUUUAGAUGUAGUUACUGGAUGAUGAAUUUUCCACCUAUGCUCGGUAGUCUUGUAAUAAAAAGCAUGUAGAG